AUGCCAAAUUUGCGCGCAGGGCGGUAUACUAGUAUCACCUCCGCGCGUGCAACAACAGUCCUCUUCCUUUUCUCCCAUGAGCUCUUUCAAUCCGCACCUUACUCUCGGGACGCCAACCUGCUUCUUCCUCGUAAUUCAGCUAAUAACCGCUCAGGGGUGUAUCAAAUCGGUGUAUUAUGCUCAUUCACCCUCUUUGGGAUAACAUGCACCCAGGCCUACCUCUACUACAGUAGAUAUCCAAAUGAUCACGCGUGGCUUAAGUACUUCGGUAGGUUGCAUUUGUGUGGCAACAUUUGUGAGCUGGGACACGCAGCUUGCGUCGGUGGGAGCCUCUACGAAUACACGAUCUCCUCUUACGGGCAAGAUUUGAAUCCCUUCUUGACGCCAAUCCCUCAAAGUCUCGGAGGGGCUGUUCUUCUAUCGGGGAUAAUUGGCCCCGCUGUCCAGUCAUUCUUCUCCUUCCGAAUAUCAGUCCUGGCGCCGAAUGCCCGACCCAUUUCCGUAGUCAUCUGGCUGCUGGCCCUGGUGCAGCUCGGCAUGACAGCGACGUUGUUUGGCCUGGGGCUACACAUGCGCUCCCUAGAGAGCUUUGCGGUACAAUGGCAUGGCAUGUUGGACACGGCAUGGGUGGUAAGCGUGGGCAACGACAUCAUCAUAACCGUCACACUUGCGACGGUUUUGUAUCAGGCAAAAAAUCGGAUUGCGGAGGGCUCGCUAGCCCUGGUCGACCAGCUCAUAAAAUGGACUGUGGAAACGGGUCUUUUGACAAGGUCAUUCCUCUGGAAUCAUACUGCUAGUCUUCUUUUUAGUUAUGAAGAACAGCUGUAUGUACUCCUCAUUCUUGGAUUACUAACGUCUUUGACAUCUUCCAGUCGUCUGGCUUGCGAUGUUUGCUAUUGGUGCUCGACGUAAGUCGCAGCAAACUUACAGCCAUUGUUUGAUGCUGAUUUUACUCUUUUCUUUCAGUUUUUGCCAACUCCUUGCUUGCCAGGUAUGGACAGCACUUACCAAGUCGGCUCUUAUCGAGCAGCAUCUAGCCUUAAUUCGCGCCGUUCUUCUCGGAAGACACUUGACCGCACGUACACCCAGAAUCGGGAGAUUCCUCUGCGGACCUCUUCAAUUGUGGUGAGCCGCAUUACACCUUGCGAUGGCCAUGCUUGAAAUUCGUAGCUUCGAAUCCCGACAUCCAACAACUUGAAUGCGUCGUUCGAGCAAGCACACCGAGGGCUUGAGAAUGAUGCACAAAACCAGGAGCCGGAGAAGCCCACUCGAUUCCCGUCCGACUCAGAGGAAUGA